AUGUCAUCAGUAGGCUCUUUUGAAAGCUUAGACGAAUUACCGAAGAAAAGUGCUAGCACCAGUGUUCUGGAUGACGAUCUCUACAUUUCAGAUUCAGAGUCCAUAAAUUCAUUGCGCUCCCGUUCCCAUUCCUUCAAUAUGGGAUAUGAGAACCUCUCUGUUUUUGAUUUGUUUGACCCAUACGCUCUGACCACAGACUUUUCAAGAAAGAAGCAAAGAGAUAAGUUGAAAGCAAGAGAUGAGGACUUUAAUCGCUUGAAAGGGCAAUUGUUGAAGAGACUGGACAAAUUUAAUGAUAGGGUAACUCAUAUAACAACUACAUCCAAGACUGAGAAGUUAUUCUAUUCUUUUGCCCUCCUGCAAAUCUUUGUAUGCGGGGUUCUUGUUGGAGAAUACCAAGAAUGGUUUCAUGUUUACUACAGUGUACUUUUCCUAUGUUUGAUGCCUGUUCGAUUUAGUACUUACUAUAAGCGGGGCUAUCAGUAUUUUCUCGCAGAUUUAUGCUAUUAUGUGAACAUCUUAUGCUUGCUCUUUAUUUGGGUAUUUCCGGAAUCACAAAUGCUAUUUAUUUCUUGCUUUUCAUUUGCCUUUGGAACGUUGUCUUUUGCUGUGAUUACUUGGAGAAACUCACUAGUCUUACAUUCGAUAGAGAAGACUACUUCGUCCAUGAUCCAUAUCACCCCACCCCUAACUAUGUACGUGAUUGUUCACCAAAUUGAUCCUGAAUAUCAAUUGGUCCGUUUUCCCGGAGCUGCAAAGACUGCUAGUUGGAAUUUUUACAAAGGGAUUCUUUAUACAUCACUGUUUUACUUGGUCUGGCAAUCAAUGUACCAUUACUUUAUCACUAUAAAGCGAGCUGAGAAAAUAAAGCAAGGGAGAGCUACUUCUUUUGAAUACUUGAGGAAAGCUUACAGCGGCAAUGCUUUGGGCAAGGCGGUAAAUUCUUUACCGGAACCCUUACCGGUAGUGGCGUUCACUUUAAUUCAGUUUGGGUACCAGCUUCUGACAAUGUCACUAUGCCCUCUGUGGUUCCGUUACAAAUUACUCUGUACAUUGUUUCUGGCGUUUAUCUUCAUAGCGGCGUCGUAUAACGGUGCUACAUACUACGUUGACUACUACGGCAAGAAAUUUGAGAAGGAAGUCAUCACGUUGCGACAGGAGCUCACGCAAUUGCAAGCAAAGAAAGAAGAUUGA